CUCUCGCAGUCUGCGAGUCGCAGAGGUGUCAUGUGGCGCAAUAGCUCAGUUCUCCGUUGUCGCGGGUCUUCCGCACGCUCCAAACUUGUCGCAGCUCGCUCCUUGGGCUUAACAGAGUCUCAAUGGGGUUCGUACUCCACCACCGGCUCGGUCGAUCUCCUGGCAUCAGUUGGCAAUACGCCAUUGCUUGAGCUCACUACCUUGUCCAAACUUACUGGCUGCAAGCUUCUAGCUAAAGCAGAGUAUGCCAACCCCAGUGGAAGUAUCAAGGAUCGUGUAGCCAAGUCGCUUAUCCUGGACGCCGAGGAACGCGGUUUACUGAAGCCUGGAGGCACGAUCAUCGAAGCUACAGGAGGCAGCACGGGCGUGUCCCUCGCAUUACUUGGAGCUUCACGAGGCUAUAAGACACUGUUAACGAUGCCGGAUAUCACUGCAAAGGAGAAGGUGCAGAUGAUGAAAACAAUGGGCGCUCAAGUCCACGUCCUGCCCACGACGUCGAUGUCGGAUAAGGAGAACCAUUUCUUCCACGUCGCUGCUCGUCUUGCCGAGACGACACCGAACGCGUAUUGUCCGAACCAAUUUGAUAAUAUUGCCAACAUGAUGGCGCAUUAUGAAGGAACCGCGCCCGAGAUCUGGAGCCAAGUGAAUGGAGAGAUCGACGGCUUUGUGACGUCUGCAGGGACGUCGGGAACUAUCGCCGGGAUGUCGAGGUUCUUUAAGAAGAAGAAGUCGGAUGUGAAGGUCUGGCUUAUUGAUCCGGAGGAGACGGCAGCGAUGUCGGCUUUUAUCAAUAAUGACAGGUCAACCAGCACGAUUGAAGACGGUUUUGAGGUCGUGCCGAUGGCCAAGGGAGCCACGAUCGCAGAGGGUGUAGCAGCGUUGUCACGUGUGACGCAGAACCUGCGAGAGUCGAUUGUCGACAAGGGAAUCACUGCGAAUAACCAGGAGAUUGUAGGCAUGGCCUACUUCUUGCUUCGUAACGACGGUAUCUUUGUUGGACCGAGUAGUGCUCUGAACGUACUUGGCGCGGUGAAGAUGGCGCGUGAGCUUGGCCCAGGACAUACAAUCGUGACGAUCUUGGCUGAUGGCGGUGUGCGCUACGGCAGUAAAUUGUACAAUGCGGAGUGGCUUCAAGAGAACAGGCUGAUACCUCAGCUAUCUGAGGGGUCAGCGCUAGACUUUGUCGAAGAGCUUACAUUCCCCACGACGGUUUAG